AAAUUUCAAAAAUAUCACUUGCUGCUCCACAUUCAUCUGCUUUCAUGGCUCUCUCCAUCUUCCUCUCUCUCCUCCUCCUCUUUCUCUUCUCCAUCUCGCCGGCAAAUGCACAGUCCUUUAUCGGAGUAAACUACGGUUUACUCGCCGACAACCUCCCGUCACCGUCUGAUACAGCCAAGCUCCUCCAGUCAACCUCCAUUCAAAAAGUGAGGCUAUACGGCGCCGACCCCACCAUCAUCAAGUCCUUAGCCGGAACCGGCGUCGGAAUCGUCAUCGGAGUAGCCAACGGCGACAUUCCAUCCCUCGCCUCCGAUCUCAACUUCGCUUCUCAAUGGAUCAGUACCAACGUCCUCCCUUUCUAUCCCGCCUCCAACAUCAUCCUCAUCAAUGUCGGAAACGAGAUUCUGUUGUCGAAUGAUCUGAACUUGGUAAACCAGCUUCUUCCGGCGAUGCAAAAUGUCCAAAAGGCCCUUGAGGCGGUUUCACUCGGCGGGAAAAUCAAGGUUUCCACGGUUCACGCCAUGACGGUGCUGGGUCAAUCUGACCCACCAUCGGCUGGUUCGUUUGCUCCCGGUUAUCAGGCCGGUUUAAAGGGCAUCUUACAGUUUCUUAGCGAAACCGGAUCGCCUUUUGUCAUCAACCCGUACCCGUUCUUUGCGUAUCUGGGUGACCAGAGACCUGAAACACUGUCGUUUUGCCUCUUCCAGCCUAACCCUGGACGUGUCGACUCCAAUACAGGAAUCAAGUACAUGAACAUGUUCGAUGCUCAGGUUGACGCGGUUCACUCAGCUUUGAAAUCGAUGGGAUUCGAGAACGUGGAAGUAGUGGUGGCUGAAACAGGCUGGCCAACGAGCGGUGAUAGCAACGUGGUUGGUCCGAGUGUUGAGAACGCAAAGACUUAUAAUGGGAACCUCAUUGCUCACUUAAAGUCUAUGGCUGGGACUCCCUUAAGGCCUGGCAAACCCAUCGACACUUAUAUUUUCGCCCUCUUUGACGAGAAUCUCAAGCCUGGCCCUUCCUUUGAGCGUUAUUUUGGCCUUUUCAAGCCUGAUCUUUCCAUGGCCUACGACAUUGGCCUCACUAAAACUAGUAGUAGUAGUGGUAGCCAGACGUCACAGUCUCCACCGUUGGGCAAAUCAGCAACAUCGGUGGGAUGGUGUGUGCCAAAGGAGGAUGCGACCGAAGAGCAAUUGCAAGCAAGUCUAGAUUGGGUUUGUGGACAGGGGAUUGAUUGUGGUCCGAUAACACCUGGAGGGGUGUGUUUUGAGCCUAACAAUGUCAUGUCUCAUGCAGCCUAUGCCAUGAACUUGUAUUUCCAAAAAUCUCCUGAAAACCCUACGGAUUGCGAUUUCUCUCAAACUGCAAGGAUUACGUCCGAUAACCCUAGUUAUAACAAUUGCGUGUACCCAAGAGCCGGAUCGGCUGGAGAUGAAAGCCUAGGAGGAGUGAUGAAUAAAAAUGUGGCUUCAGACAAAGCAAUAGAGUCGAAUGGAUCCGAAUACUCCUUUUCUCUGUCUUUGCAUCACUUUAUGAGCAUUUUUUCCUUUGUUCUUUCAAUUUUCCACCAUGUGAAUUUUUAGUUGCUGCCUUAUUCAUUACUCUUUGUUCCUAACGUUUUUGACCUUUUUCCGUCUAAUCAUUUUGUUUUUCUUUUGUCCAUUAAUCAUAAGCACUGUUUAUUAAAAAAACCAGGCGCAUUAUUCUUAUAGUAGAGCAUGAUACUUGAUACCCA